UUUAGAGAUGGUUAUAUUGGAUCUUAAGCCUAGAGUGGGGGAUUAAUUUUUGUUGAAAUUUUGAAGGAUUUUGGUUUUAUAGGUCAUAAUAAUUUUGCAAACCUUACUUCGACCAGAGGAGCAAUGGAGAGUCAAAAACUUUUCAAAAAUAAUGGGAGAAUUACUAGCAUGAAGCCAAUGAAAGACUUUGGCAAAAAACUUGGGAGGCAAUACGAGCAGAGAAUAAAUAACUUGUUCAAAGAAGAAAAUCCCCAAAAUAAUAAAAUUUACCAAAUGGUUUCAGAAAUGGAGAAGAGCGAUAAAUAAAGAGAAGAAAAGAUCAUAUGUUCCUGUAAUACCUAAAUAUGUCCUUACGACACGUGGUAACAAAUAAGGAUAAGUCUCGUUACUCGAGCAAUACUCUUCAUGGGAAAGUCAAAAUAAAUAAGAACAAUAUUCUUUCAAGCAUCAGUCCAAACCGUAAUAAUAUCCCUAAGCUCACCUAAUAUUGGAAGCAAGAGUCGGACUAUGAAAGAGAUCAAGAAGUUAGACAUUCGGACUAAAGUCCAAGGCGAUCAUAGCCAAAGUCAUAAAUAAGCGUACCACUAAAAGUCCCCUAUUAGAAAAAAUCAACCAAAGUAUUCUGAAGGCUUCGAAGUUGACCGAGAAAAGGCUGGAAAAAUUUAGAGGUUUCCUUGACCAAAAUAAUAUUGACAUAAUCAAAAAUGAUAAAAUUAAAGAUCUUGUUGUAACAAAGUAUUCAUCUAAGGCUAACCAGAAUGACGAUCAACAAGAAAGUGGUGCACAGAGUGUCAAGCAGAAUAAAUUCAAGUUGUUGCCAACAACUAGUAUUACUACUCCAAGUUCUUCUUUCGUCCCAGCAUGAUUGACUUGUUGUAAGGAAGAAUGCUUGUGUGCUAAAUUUCCAAAAACCAGCAUAUUCUACAGAAAUAUAAAGAGAGAUACUAGAGCUGAGAGUAUUGAAAUUAACGGUAUUAACUUCCCAAUCCUGCGGGAUCGGGAAGCUAAUACCAAUGCAAAUGAGCUUCCGAGGAAGAUAAAGACUAAUUUAAAGCCCUCUCCUGGUGAGACAAAGAGCUACUUAGGCAGGAUCAAUAAUAACCGAAGAAUGCACCCUAUCACAAUCUCUGAAAAGAAGCAUAUAAAGUCAGUAAAGACAUCUGAUCUCAAAAUUCCAAACAGCAAGAAUCUCACAAGAUCUCCUAAAAGUGUGAGCCCUGUAAAGAACCUGAAAUCUCAGAGGAUUCGGCAGAUCAUAAAGUCCAAACCUUCAAAUGGGUUAAACAAGUUACGGAACCGGUACCAAAAGGAGUCUUGGGAGAUCACCGGGUGGCAAGAAUCCUUCAUAAAUCCUCUUGAAUUAGACCCUCACGAUCUAGAACUAAAGCCAAAGAGGGAUUUUAGGACUCAGAUUGAGCAGAAUGAUGAUGAGUUUGAGAUGUUCAAGAUGAAUGAGAUUUAUUGUAAUGAAAUAUAGGAGAUG